AAUAUUAUAUAGUUAAAUAUUUCAAAAUGGAUUUUUCGGAAGAAAUGUGUGUUUUAAAUGAAACGACGUUCGAGGUGAGCAACGGCAGGAGAAACAAUAACAACAACAAUAACAACCACAACAGCAGGAAUUUUUGCCAACGGAAAAGUAUAGCAACAGUGCAGAGUGAAAAUAGUUGUGUGGGUAUACCAUUAGCAGAUAGAGGAAGGUCUUCAGCGUCACUACCUGCAACGCAGCUACUGGAACCACAAAUCAUUUGCAUACAAAACGUUCCGCAUCCGGAGAAUUCGAACGAAAUCUCACGUUCCAGCUCGUAUUUCGUACGCUUCCGUGACGGUUUUGUUAAAUUUUUUAGCAAAAUCAUGGGUAGCAACACCCCCAGCGAAGCGGAUAAAUAUGAAUAUUACGAAUGGUAUUUAUAA